AUGGGAAGUAGACUUGGAAGAAGAGUAGUUCAUUUUGCAAACCUGCCAAUUAAGCUCCUGAUGCCUACAUCCUUUUCCAAUAUUACUGAAAUUGCCUUGAAAACAAUCCCAUCUGCUUCCAAGAUUGAGAUUAAGAGGGUACUGGAGUCACUGUACGGGUUUGAGGUGGACAACGUAAGGACCUUGAACAUGGAUGGGAAGAAGAAGAAGCGUGGUGGUUUGUUGAUUGCAAAACCUGAUUAUAAGAAAGCUUAUGUAACCCUGAAAUAUCCUCUGUCCAUAUCCCCUGAUGUGUAUCCCAUUAAGGUUAUUGCGGAGGAUAAGAAAAAUUUAGCUAAACCUUCGCAGAAAACCAGCAUUGAGGAUGCUGAGCCGAAGAGUACACAUUGGCUUGAUGAUCAAAAGAGUGAACCCAGAAAGGGGUCCUACAGAUACAGGCGAGAGAGCUUCAGCUCAACUCGUGGUGAGCAUGGCGGAAGCAGUACUGGGGAUGGUGCUGCUAGGCCAGUUGCCAAAUUUCCAUGGAGCAGUAUGAAGCCGUUUUCGAGAUAG